AUGGAGUACUCAUCUUUCCGAGGCGGAGACCGCUUGACAUAUUCGCAAAUGCGACAACAGCCUCUCCCCCGGGACACAUUCUUCAGUCUCAAGAACGAGUCACAAAUACUGGAGCGCCCAAUUUCAGUAGCAACCGAAUUUGUGGACACGGACUGGGAGGAAGAGGAUGAGAUCAUUAGCGACGAGGAAGAUAACUCGCCUCGCAUAAGUUUGCAAUCGGCUGGACAACCCAGUUUCACAACGGUCUCCUCCUACGAUGAGGUACCAACACCAAGGUCGAGUAGAAGCCAAGAGGUUCCAGCGGAAUACUCCCCAAAGCAAGUUGAAGGUCCUCGAGGACCUCAUUUGUUCCGAAACUCAACUGACCACUACUUGCCUACCGAAGAGGACAUUAUCCUGACAUUGUCGCCUAUUACUCCCAAGGGACCUCGAAACAUUACCGAAUUUCUUAUGUCAUCUCAGCCACCACCGCAACCCCGUGCCAGUCCCUUCCAAUACACUGAUGCUGAACUUGACACGGCAGUUCUUGCAUCGUGGACUACUGAAAUGGUUGCGCAGGCUAUGCUUAAUGCUGGCAUUGAGCUGUCCGUGGCUGACCGGUUCAUGGAGAAUGAUAUCAGCGGUGCGAUCUUAAUCACACUGAAGUUCGAAGAUCUCAAGGAGCUUAGCAUUCAGUCGUUUGGUAUCAGGACCAAAGUCUGGCAUCAGAUUCAAGCCUUGAGGGAUAGUCAGCCUGCAUCUCCCCGACCAGAGACACCAAUCGAGGAUGUCCCAAGCAGGGAUGUGGUGCGGGAGAUUCGAAGAGUGGAAGACAACGGGAUGAGACGUCGCCAGAGCAGCAGACGAAAAAACCGAACAAGGACAAACGGAGACGAUAUCACCCCUAUGGAGUCAGUAUCCAUUAUUGGCAUUGAACAAGUCAUCCCCAAGCCUCACCACUGCUCAAAGGGAGAGAACUGCUCCAAGUACAGAAAGCAGCAGCAACUUAUCCGGGCGUUCAAAAAGGAGUACCCCCAUGUCGAUAUCAAUGCUACUGGAACCGUCAUGAUUGGUGAUGCUGGAAACCCACAGACAGCUAAAGCACUGGACCCCAACAAGGUCCGCCCCGUCUCAGAUGCUGAACCUUCUGUCGUUGCAUCCUCUGAUGUUAUGGGCCCUGGUAUGCCUCCUAUCCAGUAUCUUUAUGAAGCUUCUCUUCGUGGAGUUCAGGCAAGAGACCCCCAAGACAACGUCAGGCAAUUCCUCAACUUUCAGCAUCAGCACGGGGGAGAGUGUAGCGAGGAUGUCCCCCCCACACCCCCGUUUGCUGGAAUCCAAGCUGCACAGGCCCAUCUUCCUCACCAAGGUCUACGCCGCCUUCCUAAGCUCUCCAUCCCUGGCAAGGCUCCGCUUCCACCCUCACGACUUGGUGCUUCUUCUGUCCCGCCCCCUCCCCAGAAGAACCAGCCUCAGAACCAGUCAUAUGUACAACGUCAACAGCAGCAGCAGCAGCAGCAACAACUGCAACAGCAGCAACAACUGCAACAGCAGCAACAACUGCAACAGCAGCAACAACUGCAACAGCAUUACCACCAGCAACAGCAAUCUGCCUUUGCACCUUAUCAGAUGGAAAGGACCAGCCCUCGGUCCCCUGAUUUGGAGAUGACACCCAGGAACAACUUCCGCCAUGGUACACCUUUUUCAGAGCUUGAUGUUCCUGUCACUGCUGUACCCAUUGGUCCUGUUGCUCGAGACUUCUCGCAGUCUGUUCCUCCUGACAUGAACUACCGCACUUCUCCCACCAACAACGUUUCCCCUCCUCGCUGCCAGUCUCGUACUUCAGCCCGCCGCCCAUCUUUCCCUGUGAUGCCCGCUUUGGAGGAAAACAGGUCCAUUAAUACGACCAGACCUUCUCAUGGAUCGUCAUCGCCCAAGUCACCACGUGGGUCACGAGCCCAGCAGCCCCUUCAGCCACCUCCUCGGGAUAACCUCCCCUUCUCCCGUGGUCAUCUCAACGGUUCUGAGAAAGUACUGGCACCCUCUAUCACACCCAUCGGUGCCAAGGGCAAGUCUCCCUCUGCCGACUCUGCCAAUGGUAUCAGCCACCAAGGCCCCAUGAAAAAGCGCAAGACCAAGAUGCUUCGGCAUGAGUGGCAAGACGGUUACUUCACCCUGAAGGGUUCUCGCCUCAACAUGCACAAGGACUCUGAAGAGUUGGACCGCACUCUUGAAUAUGUUGAUAUUGAUGACUACGCCAUCGCCUGCUCAAGCGUGGCUUCUUCUUCCAAGCUUAGCGCUGCUUUUAAGACAAUGCACCUUUCUCGUGGUAGCCACAGCCGCGAGAAGAGUGACCCAGUAGGCGCAUUCGCUUUCCAGCUCAUUCCUCAAGACAAGAACACCGCGCGACUUCGUAAGCGCGAGAGUCACAUCCAGCCCGGCAACACAAUCCCCGCCGAGGGAGUCAAUGGCACAGGCAAGACACACCACUUUGCUGUCAAGAACCGUGAUGACCGUAUUGACUGGAUGCGCGAGCUCAUGCUUGCAAAGGCUUUGAGACAGAAGGGUGAGGGCUUUGAGAUCAGUGUCAACGGCAACAUGAUCUAA